UCAUUCCGUCAUGUGACUGUGAGUGGUUCCUGCUACACGGGUAAUGAUCAGUAACCAGAAAGGACUGCUGUAUCAUGUCGGACUGUGCGCACUAAUUUAUUUCCUUGCUUAAAAUAUGGGUCGUAUUCGUGUUUGCGGAAUCGUUUCUACUGUUAUUUCUAGUUUCAUUCUGCUUCAGUGUGUCUCAUCAGCAGUGGGGUCGGAUGACAGCCCAUGGUACAAGGAUCUGUGCAGUUACAAAUGGGAGGCCAUCGACCAGGACAGCAAUGUGAGAUACUCUUUGAAGCUGUGUGAUACAUCUCCAGACACAGAAUGUGGAAAAGGAAGCGCGGUAUGUGCCCACAACCUUACAAGUGGCCAGCACCAGUCAGUGGGUGAGCUCUCCUUGCGGAAGGUCUCGCCUGCUGUGCUUGAUUUCAACAGCUCGAGGAAAUGCAACGACAAGAGCAGCAACAUUCAGAGCAGCAUCACCUUUCAAUGCGGCAAAACAAUGGGCACGCCUGAGUUUGUCACCAUCUCUGAGUGUGUGCAUUACUUUGAAUGGAGGACGUAUGUCGCCUGCAGACGUGAUAAAUUUAGACCACAUAAGGAGGUCCCCUGCUACGUCUUUGACUCGGAUGGAAAGAAGCAUGACCUCAACCCACUGAUAAAACUGUCAGACGGAUACCUGGUCGACGACCCCGAUGUUGAAAGUGAUUUCUACAUUAAUAUAUGCAGAAGUCUAAACCUUGCUGGAAGCGUCUGUCCUGAGGGAUCUGCCGCCUGUCUCGUCUCUGGCAAAAAUUCCUUUGACAUGGGUCAGCCUGUUCACCAGCUCGAGUUGCUCUCGAAUGACAAACUAAGGCUGCGGUACGAGGCAAUGGGAAAACCUCCAGACUUCUGUGAUGGCCACACUCCAGCAAUGACGAUUACAUUUAUUUGUCCCUCUACAAGGCAGGCGGGAAGCAACCCUAAGAUGAUCAGCAACUCAAACUGUCGGUAUGAGAUCGAGUGGGUGACGGAGUACGCUUGCCACAGAGAUUACCUGGAGAGUCACAACUGCAAACUUACCAGCGAUCAGCACGACAUCUCCAUCGACCUGAGUCACCUGACACACAGCUCUACAGACAAACCCUAUAUGGCUGAGGCCAAAAAUGGCCAGGACACCUAUUUCUUCUAUCUGAACGUGUGCGGGGAGACCAGUGCUGGUCAGUGUGGUGAUGACAAAGGUUACAUAUCCUCCUGCCAAUUCAAAGAAACCGGGGAUGUGAAGAAGAUUGCUGGGAGAUACCAGAACCAAACACUGAGAUAUUCAGAUGGUGAUCUCACGCUAAUCUACCCAGACGGCAGCAGAUGCAGCACUGGAUUCCAGCGCAUGACCAUUAUUAAUUUUGAGUGCAGUGCAACUGCUGGGAAUGGCGUGCCGGUUUUUACUGGAGAAUCUGACUGCACGUAUUACUUCGACUGGCAAACUGCAUACGCAUGUGUGAAGGAGAAAGAAGACUUGCUGUGUCGAGUCACAGACCACAAGAAGCGUUAUGAUCUGUCACCUUUAACACGCUACCCAGAAUCGGAAGGAUCUCAAAACUGGGAGGCUGUGGACGCCAAGGCAGCAGAGUCUGAUAAGAAGCGUUUUUACAUCAAUGUUUGUCAUAAAAUCAUCCAGGAUGGGGCGGCCAGCUCUUGCCCUGAGGAUGCAGCAAUAUGUGCAGUAGGAAAUGGGAAAACAAUGAACUUGGGCAAAUUCCUGUCUUCUCCGCAAAAGGCGGCAGAAGGAGAUGACAUCAGACUCAUUUACACUGACGGAGAUGUAUGCAGAGAGAACAUGAAGGUGAGAACGAUCAUCACUCUGAAGUGUAUGCCUGGAGAUGUCGAGAGCGCUCCAGUCCUGAGGAGCAUGUCCAGUGACGGCUGCAUCUAUGAGUUUGAGUGGUUCACCGCUUCGGCCUGCGUCCUCUCCAAAACAGAAGGGAACGACUGCAAGGUGGAAGACACACAAGCAGGAAUUUCGUUUGAUUUGUCCCCCCUUAAGAAACCUAAUGGAGGUUAUUAUAACAUGUCCAUGGAAAAGUAUGACUACUUCAUCAACGUGUGUGGCAAUGUUAAGGCCGCACAGUGUCCAGAAAGUGCAGGAGCUUGUCAAGUUGACCAGAGUGGCACAAACUCUUGGAAUCUCGGCGAGUUCAACUCCGGGCUUUCUUACUAUGAUGGCAUGAUCCAGUUGACCUACAGAAAUGGCUCUCGGUACAACAACAAGCAGCACACGCAGCGCUCCACACACAUUUCCUUCCUCUGUGACAGAGACGCUGGUCAAGGGAAACCAGAGUUUCAGGAAGAGGAUGAGUACACUUAUAACUUUAAAUGGUACACUUCCUACGCCUGUCCAGAGAGACCACAUGAGUGUGUUGUGACGGACCCCAAAACUCUGCAGCAGUAUGACCUGUCCAGUUUGCCAGUAUCUAAUGGUGGUAGGAACUGGCAGGCCAUGCAGACGUCUGACCCCAGUGACCCGAGGAAGUACUACAUCAAUGUAUGUCGACCUCUUAAAGCCGUGCCUGGCUGUGACAGGAAAGCUUCUGUCUGUGAGAUGAAAUUCGAGACUGGCAAGGAAGGCCUGUCUGAAAAGGUAGAGGUCAGUAACUUGGGCAUUGCUAAGAAAGGGCCGGUGAUUGUGGAGCGGGACCAGCUAAUGUUGGAGUACACUAAUGGUUCAGUGUGCGAAGCAGAUGGAGUGAAGACCACGUACACAACACGUAUCCACUUCGUCUGCUCAUCUGUGACAGCACCAUCUGGCCCCCGCUUUGUGGUGAACCAGAAAUGUAUCGUUGACUUUGUUUGGGACACAGAAGCAGCCUGUGCCAUCUCAACUGUUGUAGACACCAACCAGACGUGCUCCGUGAAAGAUCCCAACACUGGUUUUGAGUUCAACCUUCUGCCACUGGCCUCUGCAAACGGAUACCGCGUCAAGGCUAAUGGAAAAGACUUUGUUGUGAACAUUUGUGGUUCCGUAAAAGAGUGCGGAAUUGUUGGAGAUAAACCUGUAGUUGGCUGUGAGCUGGAAGAUGAGAAGCCUGUGAGUCAGGUGGGGGUGGAACAGUCUCUCCAGUUCUCCACCGAUGGCGCUCUCACUCUUACAUACAAAGGGGCCAUGGACAUACCAACAGGUACCGAAGACACCUUCAUCAUUAAUUUUGUGUGUGACCAAAAAACCACGCCAGCUUCCCUGAGGUUUGUACAUGAAGAGCUUGGCACAAGUACCCACAAUGUGUUCUUUGAGCUUUACACUGCACUAGCCUGCCAGCCUGCUCCUGUGGAUUGCCAAGUCACUGAUUUACAUGGUAGAGAGUAUGACUUGGGUGACCUCAGCCUGGAUGAAAAGUAUUACGUUCCUCUGGACACCUCGGAUCAGGCCCGGUAUCAAAAGUUUUACAUCAACGUGUGUAAACCACUGCCUCAUGUACAGGGCUGCCCUGCUGGAGCGAUUGGAGCGUGUGGCCAGAUCAAUGGCAAGAAUGUUAAUCUAGGAUAUGUGCAGUCCAGCCUGCAGGCCGCACCAGAUGGCUCCAUCAGUAUUGUUUAUCUGAAUGGGGACAAGUGCCGUUCAGGACAUUACUCCACCCGAAUCAUCUUCCAGUGUGAUGACAGUCCUGGUGCACCCAUGUUUGAUCGCAAAGACGGCUGCGAGUAUGUUUUCAUCUGGAGAACGUCAGAAGCUUGCCCAAUCAAAAGAGUGCAGGGUGAAAACUGUAAAGUCAAGGACCCCAAGAGCGGUUAUGAGUACAAUCUCACGCCGCUGAGCGGAAAGGACUAUGUUGUGAAGGGUUUGGGUUAUGAGUAUCACUUUGCAGUGUGUGGCCCCAUUACAUCCUCGGUCUGCCCUCACGGUGCCAACAACGCUGUGUCCUCCUGUCAGGUUGAGGGCCAAACACACAGGAUAGCAGGGCUAGCCAAUCAAAACCUCACAUUUGAUGAUGGUGUUAUCAUGAUCAACUACACAAAUGGGGAAACAUGCCACAAGAUCUACGAGAGAUCCACGGCUAUUCUCUUCUCCUGCGACCACAGCAAGAAUCCUGGUAAGCCAGAGUUCAUAAGAGAAACUGCAGACUGCACAUAUCUGUUUGAUUGGCACACAGCUUUGGCCUGCCCUUCCUUCAAAACCACAACCUGCUCUUACAACGAUGGCAAUGGCCACUCCUACGAUCUAUCCUCUCUGGCCCUGCACAAAUCUAAUUGGAUGAUCUUGCCAGAAAAAAACAAUACAACCAAUAAUCAGAAGCAGCGUUACUAUAUCAAUGUGUGCAAGUCUCUGGUGCCUCAGACCGGGAUGUGGAACUGCCCAUCUAGCGCUGCGGCCUGUCUGAAGAACGGAGACGAGUAUGUGAAUCUGGGGGAGGCAGAGGAGGGACCACAGUGGGACAAAAACAUCCUGAUUCUGAAAUACACCAACGGACAAGCCUGUCCUGAUGGCAAGAGAAAACGGACCACCAUUAUUCGCUUCAGAUGCGACCCUGACAAAGUGGAAUCUAAACCCACUCUGAUCACGGCACUGGAGAACUGUGUGUAUACCUUUGUGUGGUUCACUGCUGCAGCCUGUCCUCUCAACAGCACUGAGCAUGGAGACUGUAAAGUCACAAAUCCAGCUACAGGUCAUCUCUUUGACCUUAACGCCCUCAGUCGAACAGGUGGUUAUACAGUCUAUGAUCCCUUGGCCCAUAGGAAGAUGUUCAGACUGAACGUGUGUGGAGAAGUAGCUAACGUUGGAUGUGCACCUGGAACAGCUGUGUGCAUCAAGGAAACUCAAACGGCCAUAAGUGGCGGAAAAGCCUCAAGGAAGCUGGUCUAUAAGGAUCAGGUGGUGGAGCUUACCUAUGAGGAUGGAGACGUGUGUGCCGCUGACCCUUCCCUCAAACACAAGAGCAUCUUCAGUUUCGUCUGCAAGUCUGAGGGAGGAGGUACGGAUGAACCCGUGCUGGUGUACUCACGUGACACCAUUUGCACUCACUUCUUCUCUUGGCACACCCCUCUGCUCUGCGAAGAACAGGUGAAGUGCUCAGUUUGGAACGGAACCAACCAGAUUGACCUGAGUCCUCUGAUCCAUCUCACUGGUUACUACAAAGCUAUUGAUGAAGAUGUAGACAGAGAGAAGUCUCCUGACUUCUACAUCAACAUCUGCCAGCCCCUUAACCCCAUCCCAAAGGUCAACUGUCCUCCAGGGGCCGCUGUGUGCAUGGACCCUGCUGAUGGAGAUCCAAUUGACAUCGGACGAAUCACCUCCCCUCCUCGCUAUAACAACAACACCAACGAGGUGGAGAUCACCUUUAACAGCACGACCAUCUGCCCUUCUGACCGCAGCUCCAACUACUCCUCCAAGAUCAUUUUCACCUGCCAGAAAGGGGCAGAGCUGGGUUCUCCCCGCAUGAUCCGGGCACAGGACUGUAUGUAUGUGUUCGAGUGGGCCACUCCUGUGGUUUGCCCGGAGACCGUCACAGCAAAGGGCUGCAAGCUGACCGUCUCCCAACUGCAUUACACCUUUGACCUCUCAGCGCUUUCAGGGCCCAUUCAGGUUCCUAGAAGCUCUGACUCCUUUACAAUCAAUGUGUGUGGGACUGUGGCAGACACAAAAUGUAAAGACAGCGCAGUAUGUCUGAUCUCCGCUGACUCUGCGGCUUCAUACGGGAAUAGCAAAAUCAUGAACUUAAACUAUAAGAGAGAGGACCAGGAUGUGAUCAUGCAGUAUAGUGGAGGAGACACCUGUCCUCAAGUUACAGAUAAAGAUGAAGUGUGCACUUUCCCCUUUAACUUCCAUCACAAAUCUUAUACUGAGUGCACAACUGAAGGCAGGACUGACGGAAAGAAGUGGUGUGCCACUACAAGCAACUAUGACAAAGAUCAGAAAUGGGGCUUCUGCUCUGAUGCACUAAGAGGGAAGCGUCAGUCGUCCAUUUUGUUCUCGUGUGACCCAGCGGCGGGCCGUGGAAAACCCGAGCUGAUGAGCGAAACCCAAGGGUGUUCUGCCACCUUCCAGUGGCGAACGAAUGUGGUGUGCCCACCCAAAAAGAUGGAAUGCAAGCUGGCAGGACAACACCAAACUUACGACCUGCUCACCCUCUCUUCUCUUACAGAGCCCUGGAAAUUUAGCCACGGGGAUGAUUCGUACUACUUAAAUCUGUGCCAGGCCAUCCAUGGAGGCCAGCCAGGUUGUGCUGCGGAAGCCGCCGUGUGUCGCAGACGUGCCGGCGGGAAGACCGAGACUCUGGGCCGUGUGCACACGCAGACCAUGGAGUUAAUCGAUGGAAAGAUCCUGGUCAAUUAUUCCAUGGGUGAUGAGGUGUGUGGACCCAAUCGACCAGCCAAAACAAUCAUACAGCUGAAGUGUGGCAGCACAAUGGGUCAUCCCAAAUUACUAUUUAAGGAGGAUAAAACAGCCUGUGAGUUCUGGGUGGAGUGGGAGACUCGAGCUGCAUGUGCUGUAAAGCAGGUGGAACUCGAGAUGGUCAAUGGAACCAUCAAAAUACCAGAGACAGGAGCCAUGUUCAGCCUGGGGGCGCUUUAUUAUACUUUCCACAACGCCACAGGAGACAAUCGUUCCAAUGGAGAUCACUAUAUCUACCACAUCCAGCUGUCAGGCAUCACCGACAACUCCAUUUCCAAGUGCAUCGGUGCCAAUAUCUGUCAGGUCAAGAUUAAUGACAGUUACCGCAGGAAAAUUGGUUCUUCCAGCAAAGCCAAGUAUUAUAUCAAAGAUGGAAUCCUUGAAGUCUUGGUACCGUCUGAAUCCGUAUGUGGACGAAACGGAACCAAAACAGUUUCUUCGGCCAUCCUGUUCCACUGCAGCCCAACAGCAGGAGAGGGUAUCCCAAAAUUCUUGCUGGAGACGGAUGGCUGCCAGUAUCUGUUUGUUUGGUACACCUCCACCAUUUGUGAAUUUUUUUCAUCCAGCUCCAUGGGCCCACGCAGUACUGAUGGAGGGGAGGAGCAUCCUGGAUUGUCUGGGCGGAGUCAGGCUUUAGGGGCGGUGCUUAGCCUGCUGUUGGUUGUGCUCACAAUCUGUUUGCUUGUUCUCUUGCUGCACAAACGAGACAGGAGGCAACUUGUAAUGCAGAAAGUUUCAAGCUGCUGCAAGAAAGGAAAUCCAGUAUCUUACAAGUACUCCAGGGUGAACACAGAUGAAGAUGGAUGUGAAGAUGAGACUGAAUGGUUGAUGGAGGAGACCGGGACGCCCACGCGGGAGCCUCAAGAGAACGGUCACAUCACCACCAAACCCGUCAGCGCAGACGCCCUGCGUUCCUUCUCCCUAGACGAGCAGGACAGCGAGGACGAGGUACUCACAGUCCCAGGGGUCCGAAUUGCCCCUUCAUCGUCCACUUCCUCACGGCUGCCGUCAGCUUUGCUGAAGUCAGAGAGCGACGAGGAUCUGGUGGGGCUCCUGGUGGACACACGGAGCAGAAAUAAGACCAGAUACAGCAAUAGAAACCAGAGGAAACCCCAGCCAGACCCUGAUGACAGUGACGAGGAUCUACUUAAAGUCUGAGGACAUCAGGCAGCCGAACUGAACUUUUGAAUGUCUCUGCCACCACGCUUUAAAUGUUUAGUUGCUCCAUUUUUGGUUUUCUAAAGGGAAAUCUGUGAGCUGUUUUCGAGAUGGCUUUCAAGAGCAAGUUGGACGAUUCGUCCACUUAAUAGACUCAAUGCCUUCCUGACAAAAAAAGGGUUUAGUCAUUUGUUUGUAUGUUCGUUUUCCAUUGAUUUAGAUUAAUUGUGUACAGCGUCGUACGUAAAUUCAGUCUCCCACAAACUUACAGAAAUGGACUAUAUAGAUUUUUUUAUUGUUAUUUAAAGAUUUUUGGGUACUAUUUUUUUUUUGUUAAUUCACCAGCUCACUGGAAAAAUACACUGUUUUAUGAAAUAAUUAUGAUUGAUUGUGGCAGAUACAGUCAAAGACCUUUUCUAAACUACAAUCUGAAGCAGUAUUUCACAUAUCUUGAGCCAUGUAGCACCGAAUGGAGAUUGAUUCGCUUCGCCAAGUUCAUAUUUAUAAUCACAAACCUUCGAAUAUCACGCUUCGCAUGUGUGUUCUGCGUUGGCGUUCACCUUUACGCUUUAGCAGCGUUCACAUCCAUUUGUCAUUGGGUGUUUUGUGCAAUGCUUUUGCCCCCUUGUUCUGCCAAAAAAGCAUGUUCUACUUCUCCUACUAGAACAUAGAGCGCAGACAGAGAUUUAGUGCCAUGAAAGAAUGACAUUGCAUGUAAGACUGCAGCAGGCGGAAAUUUCUCAUCGCAAUCAGAAGAAAAACGUCUCAUAAAUGAUUAAAAUCACUAUGUGGUGUUUAUUUGCGUUAUUGUUCAAUUUAUGUAAUUAUAUUUGUGGAACACUUUACAAUGAGGUUGAAUUUAUUAACAUUAUUAAAUAUAUCGGAUAUCAUGAACUUAUGGAGAAAAAAUGAGAAGGGAGGAAAAAUUAUAUUCAGUGCUUUUGCAUUCACCCAAGAAAGUUGUGUUGUGUUCGCUUGCAAAACUUUUGUGAUGAAAAUGAUGGGAAACUAAUGAGGUGGCAGGAAAACGAGCAAGUGCAAAGUUUCUCUGGGAAACGCAAAAUUUUUGUAAAUGUUUUGCUAGAGAACGCAAAGGUUCUUGGGGAAAAGCAAUUUUUUUUUUUUUUUUGUGAGGUUGCAAAAGCAUUGAAAUAUAAUUUUUAUAAUCACCAGUUCACCUUGGCUUCGUAUGAACUACUAACAGUGAACAAUUUUUUUUACAGAAUUUAUUAAUCCACAUUCAUUUUCUGUUUAUAUGUUAAGUUCGUUCAUAAAAAAAUGAAUGUUAAUUUAUACAACUUCAAAUGUAUUUGUAGCAUUUACCUAGAUUAAUCAUUCUGUAAAGGUAUUGUUCAUUGUUAGUUUGUGAUAUCUAAUGCACUAAUUAAUGUUAACAAAUUGAACUUUAUUGUAAUAAUCGUUAUUUUAAUUUACGGUUUGCACAGAAGAAAUCCGUGCCUAUGAAAGAAGUCACAUGUACGGCAAGCAGCAGAAAGCAGCACUUUUUCUGUUAGCAUGAACAGUUUUGUUUCCAGUCACAUUCAUUGAAUACAACACCCUGAACACCUGCGAAUUUUAUGCGUUUUAUUUGCUGAAUAUGUUGUUUAUCAGUUUCAGCUCACCUUUAAUGUCCUGCUGACUAACUCGGUUUUAAGAAAGAUGCAUACAUUUAUGUGUAAAGUUGUGUUGCACGGUUUCUGUCAGCUCUUUGGAAAUGAUUUGCCAAAUAUGUUCUUCUCACAUGGCAGUGAAGGUACAGUACAACAGGACAUGGUUCUGUUUGACAGCAUGUGUACAGUGUUUUUUCCACUCAGGCUCUAAUAGUUUGUCUCAUAGGCUUGUAUUACCAUCCAUCCGUGUAUUGCUCACAUAUAUUUUUGCCAAAUAAAGCCACAUCAGUUCUGUAUAUCUGCUAUAACUCGCUGCUCCUGAGACGGUACAUCAAACUGAGGUAAAGCAUGCCUGGGUGUCUCUUUAAGUACUUUGCACUUUGGUGGACUUUUUUUUCUUCUGUCCUUUAGGGCAGAAGGUGGACGGUAUGCUUGAUAGCUAUUGGUCAUCACGGGUUCCCCCUCUCCUUAGUAAAAAAAAAAAAAAAUGUCUGCGACUGCUGUAUGGGAUAUUGUAUGGUACAGUUCUCUGAAAUACUUCGAGUCCUGAGAAUGUUUUUUUUUUUUCUUUCCUGUUAGAAGCUUUAGCUCUUCUCAGACUGUAUUUGUCAUGUUUUACAGCAUCUUGUUUUUGGAUUUUAAUAGUUUAUGCUGAGAUAUUCUGGCAUUAUUUCAAUAAAACUAUCAGCUCCUCGGCAUGCAUUCUUA